AUGUUGCCACCAUCAUUUUCGGAGACAUGUACAGCGAAUUUUUGCGUCUGUUUAACAUCAAUGAUUUAUUCAUUUCUUUUCGGCUACUCACCGGACAAUAAAUAUAAUUUGCAAGUAAAACCGGAGCCAGAAGUAUAUGACUUUAUUAUUGUUGGUGCUGGUUCAGCGGGAUGUGUUGUUGCAAAUCGACUAUCAGAAAUUAAUAAUUGGAAUGUACUUUUAUUGGAAGCUGGAAAUGAGGAGCCAAUACGUGCAACUAUACCUGGAUUCGGUGGAAGUCUAGGGGGAACAGAAUUUGAUUGGAAAUAUAGAACACAAUCCGAAAAAAGUGAAAUUGUAAAAAGUAAAGAAAUUUAUUGGCCUCGGGGAAAAAUAAUGGGUGGUUCUAGUUCAAUAAAUGGCAUGUACUACGUUCGAGGCAAUCGAGAAGAUUUUGAUAAUUGGGCAAGAAUGGGAAAUCCUGGAUGGAGCUACAAGGAUGUUUUACCUUAUUUCAUAAAGUCGGAAAACAAUUUAGACCCUACGGUUGUGGAAAAAAAUCCCGAUUAUCAUGGAACAGGUGGAUAUCUCUCAGUCCAAACGAAUCCCUUUUUCACCGAACCAGCUAAAAUAGCAAUUAAAGCUUUUCAAGAAAAAGGCUAUGAUCUUAUAGAUGCAAAUGCUGCUAAACAAUUAGGAAUAACAAGAACGCAAAUAACAGCGGGAAAUAAUUCUCGAUCAAGUACAAACGUAGCAUUUAUUCGUCCAAUUAGAGGUGAACGUAAAAAUUUAUUUAUUAAAAGUCAAUCAUUCGCGACAAAGAUUUUGAUUGAUACAAAAACAAAAAAAGCUAGAGGUGUGGAAUAUACUUCACAAAAAACUGGUAAAACUCAAAUAGUUAUGGCAAGUAAAGAAGUAAUUGUAUCAGGAGGAGUUAUCAAUUCACCACAAUUGUUAAUGGUUUCUGGAGUUGGACCAUGUGAGGAGCUUAAGAAACAUAAAAUUGAAGUGAUAAAAAAUCUUUCAGUUGGUAAAAAUUUACAUGAUCAUGUGUCAGCUCCAGGUCUAUCGGCUAAGAAAAAAAAUAUUAAGAUACAUCCAAAGACAUGUGAAAAAGAUAUGGAACAUUUUUUUACAUAUUUAUCAAAACGAGAAGGUCCUCUUUCAGGAGGUAAAUCAGGAAUGUUGACUGGCUUUGUGGCAACAAAAUUUGCAGAAAAAGAUAUACCUGACAUAGAGUUUACCUUCGAUAGAAUAGAGGAAAAUGAAAUUGCCUUCAAACCGAUAUUAUUAACUCCGAAAAAUAGAGGACAUCUUGCUCUUAAUGAUAAAGAUCCUGUUCGAGGGCAACCUUUAUUAUAUCCAGGUUAUUUUACUGAAAAAUUUGAUGUGCAACGUCUAAUAGCUGGUAUCGGGAUCACUAUUGACAUUCUUAAUUCAACAGUAAUGAGGAAUAAUGAUUUUAUAUUUGAUGAAACACCUUUGGCUGCUUGUCAAUCGUUUAAAUUUAAUACUUAUGAGUACUGGGUGUGCUAUUUGCGACAUAAAUUUAACACCGAUUUUCAUCCCGUGGGAACUUGUAAAAUGGGACCAAAAGAGGAUCAUCUAGCUGUUGUAGAUUCAAGAUUAAAAGUACACGGUAUAGAAGGAUUAAGAGUAAUUGAUGCCUCAAUAAUGCCCGCUGUGACUCGAGGAAACACUAAUGCGCCGUCAAUUAUGAUCGGCGAAAAAGGAAGUGAUAUGAUCAAGGAUGAUUGGUUGUAA